AUGAAAAGAAUUCUUGAGAAGACGGUGAAUGGAUCCCGAAAAGAUUGGUCUUUGAAAUUGGAUGAUGCAUUGUGGGCGUAUAGGACGGCCUACAAAACUCCACUUGGGAUGUCUCCGUUCCGUACUGUCUAUGGGAAGGCAUGUCAUCUUCCUUUAGAGUUUGAGCAUCGAGCGUAUUGGGCAAUAAAGAAGUUGAACUUUGAUUUUAAAGCGGCGGGAGAGAAGCGGUUACUUCAAUUGAAUGAGUUAGAUGAAUUUCGCUUCAUGGCAUAUGAGAACGCCAAGCUCUAUAAGGAGAAAACGAAGCGAUGGCAUGAUGCUCACAUCUUCCCAAAGGUCUUAGAGGUUGGCUCUGGCCCAUUCAAAAUCCGGAAUGUGGCGAAUCACGGUGCGGUGGAAUUGGAGAAUUCUAACGGUGAAACUUUCAAGGUUAAUGGCCACCGAUGCAAACCGUAUCUUGGACCCUUGACGAAUCGGGUGGAAGAUGAGAUAUCUUUCACAACUCCUACAUGA